AUGGGCUGCAGUAUUUCUAACAGGGCUGCUGUCGCACCGCUACCUUCCGAGGAUCUACAGAGCAACCAGGAAGCCCAAAGCCAGACUAAAAAUGACAGCAUUUCUGGAACAGGGGCUUUCCCCUCACAGGAUGGGCCAGCUGGGCCAACAAGUAUGUCAAAAGAUAAAGCCAAACUUCAAGAUGAGACUAGUGAGAGAGACUCCCCUGAAGAGCUACCAGAAAGACUUAAAUCUUCUCAAGAAAGCAGCAAUGCACAAAACACAGAUGCACUGCUCACCAGCAAGGUCAUCAGUAAAGCAUGGCCUUUACAGGAAACAGAGAGGCAAAACCCAUCAGACAUUCUUGAGGAGCUGAGGAUGCAUGGAAUAAUCAAGAGCCAAAGUACUGCUGCCAGGACUGGAGAAGCAUAUGAAAACAAGAGAGAUGCCCUGGAAAAGACACUAAAGAAACCACAAGCUAGACUGGAAAAAAUUCAGAAAGAAGAACUGAACAAAAUGCCACAACAGGGCACGUUUUUUUUUCCAGCAACUGCCCACCAAUCUAGAGGUAAACAGACUGAAAAGGACUCACCAAGUUUUGAAAGUCAGGGGGUUCAGACACUCCUCACCCUCACUUUUAGAGGAUGA